AUGGAAUCAAAAACGUUUCACUUUUUACUGCCGUUGCUCUGCACUUUGGCAAGUUACACCGAAGCACUCGAUCACGCAGCUAUUCUGAAAAGUCCCAACGAGUUGCAGCUGGAGUGCUCCAAAUAUCUACCGUCAAUCGACGUAUCGCGAAAUGUAGACUGUACCGAUCGGUGUAUCGGUUUGGUGGGCCGCUUCUGGAACGACUCUAUCGGUAGACCUGCGCAAACGAUUGCUCGAUACUAUCAACCGGAUACUGGCAGCCAAGACUACAUCACUCGAACCGAUCAGUGUUUGUGCGAAAAGGUUUUGACCGUGCCUAGAAACGCUUACUGUCAGCGGGCAAGCUCCGGUUUGCAGUGCUACCGGGAUAACUACGGACAGCUGCUGACCGGGACUCCGCAGUUCGUUCCAGUGACUGAAAUACGUGCCGCGCAAAUCUUCUGGGAUUGUGCGCAAAUGCUGCAGAUAUCCAGAGAUAGGCUGACUCAGAUUUUCAAGGAUGGGUACAACAAAACGUCCGAAGGCCGUUGCCUUAUCCGAUGCUUUUUGGUGCGUGCUGGAUUGUACAGCGACUGUCAGGGACCGAAUAUCGGACGCUUUGCGGUACAGUGUGUGGGGUAUACUGCUGAGUACGAGCAAGCGGUGGUCAGCUGUUAUGACAGGUUGAAGAAGGAAUCGCUUGACAGCUGUUCACUGGCCACCCGAACGAUGGACGAAUGCAUCCAGGGCAAUCAGUUUAGUUCUAGUGAUAUUGAUGGUUUGGUUACUUUUGUUGGGGUUACUUUAUUUAAUUUAGGGAAGACAUUGGAAGGAAUUUACUAUCCACUUGUCACAUUAUUAUUUUUGUCAUAAAUCCUUUUUUUUGUCAACACAAAAAAUAAGAUGUUCCAUUUCUUUGAGUCAUCUGCGCACACAAUUAAACCGUCAGCAUGCUUUGGUUACACAAAUCAUAUGUUAUACCUAUGAC